CGCCCGACCUGCCGCCAUCCCGCGAGCCCCGCGCCUGGAGGAGACGCAGGGUGGCGCUUGGAGGCUGCCCGCGCCCAGAUCCGGCCUGCACCGACCCAACCGCCGCGGAUCCGGCCAGGAUCCGUCCUCCCUCUCUCCCGCCGGUAAGUCUUCCUCUCUUUUCCUCUCUCCAUUCGCUCUCACGCUCUCUCUCUCUCUCUACUGCAGCCAUGGAGCUCGACCUCAGCCCUCCCUCGGCCGCCAUGGAUCCCCAGGACGACGACAACAUUGAAGGCGACCGGUAGCGGCUACAUCUCCAGGACAGCGGCAUGAGUGGCGGCUGUGGAUUUGACGGCGAAGGUUGUGCGGGUGGCGCGUUCAUGGAGUCGACGGCGACGUCAGGGAGUUGAUAACGACGGUGCGGUGAGGUCGACGGGCUGGUGUGUGGAUUUGGGGCUGGCCGGGGACCGGCCACUUUUUUUUUAUUUUCUUCAAAUUCCCAUCAGUGUCGGGCGUUGUGUUGUGACCGCCAGUGAUGGAGAAAGAACACUAAUGGUGCACACAUCAGUAAGGAAGUUAGCAAGGGGCUUGUUUUCCGCCUGUUACUAAUGAAGGAUCCUGUAGUAGUGUAGUAGUAGGAGUACUACUCUAAAUCAGUGACGCGGAGUAACUGUUACCACAUCGCAAUUAGACCUCAUCAGUUUGCCGCGUUACAGUGUUGAAAAUCUUGCCGGCGAAGUUUCGACGAACUUGGCACUCAAGACCGACAAUUGAGUACUUCGCUGGCCAAUACAAACUCACGGACGGCUGAUCUUCUUUCUUUGUGCAUAAGCAUUGCACGCAGCGAGGAAAAGCCGGCGAUUAUUCCUGUCGUCCCGUUGUUCUGUAGUCUGUACUCUCGACGCGUUUUAUAUAUAUACUGGAGUAGAGUACGCUCAAGUAGCUCGACUUCCAGUAAACCAGUACCCAGAGACCAAAGUCUACUCCACUUGUAGCAGGCGCACGCGUCGUUCCCGUGCUCUCCUUCUGCUUCUCCUGCUCAACCUCCGGCGAUGUCGCUCUCUCGGCCUCGUCGGAAGAACAGGGAGGAGGACCGCGACGGUGAGAGUGGCGAGGACCAGCGGGGACCACCGCCGGCGAAGCGGCUGCGGCCAUGCCGCCGCUGCUGCCAGGAGAAUAAGGAUUUAUACGGGAGCCAGAUUGAGAUACUCACCAACAAGAUGGAAUGUGUGUCAAAGGGGUUCGAAACCUUGCAGAAAGAGAUGCAAGGAUUCCAUCAGCUGAUGCGGGAACGGUUCAACACCUUAAUUUCAAGUAUGGAGAGAACUGGAGAACAUGUUCAGCAAAAUAGUAAUAUCAGGACCUCCUCUGAUCACACUGAAAUUACAACCUAUAGAAUGAAAUUUGAGAACAGAUGUUGUAAUGACAAGUAUUCAAGACAUGACAUAACAGCAGAUGAUGGUAAUCAAAUAAAGGUAGCUAUAUACGAUCGUGACAAUGGAAUCGUCACACACGGGCCCUUGUCUUGUAUGCAAGUUAAGAUUGUUGUCCUUGAUGGUGAAUUUAACAAUGCCAAUAAGAAGCGGAACAGAGACUACUUCCGUAGAAAAAUAGUAUCUGGCCGGACUGGAAAACCAUCUUUGUUUUCGGAAAAUAUUUAUCUAAGGCUGGAAAAUGGUGUGGCUGACCUCCAUGGUGUUAAAUUCCAAGACAAUUCAAGUUGGUUACCAAGCAAAAAAUUCAAGUUAGGAGUCAUGGUUGAUGAUGAUAGCAUACCAGAAGAUAUCCAGCAAGGAAUAUCUGAUUCUUUUGCUGUGAAAGAUGGUCGGGGGUACGCGGCCAAAAAGGACCCGUCUCCAUCUCUGAGUGACCCAGUCUAUAAGCUGAAGGAAAUUGCGGAAAAUGGUAAAAGGAGGAAGCUACUAGAGCAGAAGGGUAUCGAAACAGUGCAGAAUUUUUUAUGGUCCUACAAUAAGGAUAAGAAUAACCUGCGUAAAGACUGUGGGAAUAUUUCAGACCAUGACUGGGACGUCAUUGUUGUACAUGCGCAGAGUUGUAAUCAAGAACACAUACAGCAUUCCUACUACAUUCAAGAAGGGAAUGCUACCGUUUUAUUCAACUCUCUUUACUGCAUUACUGGUGCAGAUUUCGGUGGUAUAUACACUUCUUAUGAAAAUUUUAACAAGGCUCAGAAGGACUUGGUGAAAAAAUACUGGACAACUGCAUAUGACAAUUUGGAAGUUGUUCAGUAUGAAGACCAAAGUGCAUCUACUGAGCAUGAGGUUAUACAUGGAGACAAGAACAGCUGCAACUUAAGGGGAUCAUGCUCAACAGUACCAACUUCUUCACUCUCAACAUGGUUUCCCGAUGAACCUUCUCAGCAAGGCAAGGUUUUGGAUAGUGAUCCACCACACGCAAGCCCUUGUACCCAUCAACGUUGGGUGAAAAUUGUGACCACACUCACCACUCUUCACUUCUGGAAGAAUAUGGGUUGGUAUCUAAUGAAACGACAAAUGCUCGAGAGUCCUGAAAGUAACUUCGCGGUGACAGAUUUACUGGAGUACUGAAUGGUUACUAUUAGGAAUGUUUCGAUUUCCGUCAGUUCCAAAAUUUGUUGUUUGGUUUCCCUUGGGUAAAUAUUAUUUGGACUGUAAUAAGGACAUGAUUGGGAAAAAAAAUCGUGUGUUGUAAAAAUUUGAUGUACCUGCUUGGCAUGCAGGCAUUUUCUCUGUCAGUUUUGAGCACCCGGUGUGGUCACCUUCAUAUGCUGCUUGCCAAGCUGCUCUCUGCAUGGUCACCUUCAUCCUCGGCCAUCCGCGCCUUCCUUUCGGAGAGCGCGUGAUAAUAUUUCAGAAGUGAUAUUGGAAGCAAAAAACCAACUUCGAGUACCACUUAACAGCCGGGGAGCGAUCGCCGGCGCGUGCAGCGGCCAUGACGUGUGGGGCUUACGUGGCAUGGAAUUUGUGGAAAGAAAGGAACCACCGCAUUUUUCAGGGUAAGGAAGUCUCUGCACUCUGCACUGAGGCUGCUGGAGACCAUUGUUGCUGAUGUUGAGUUCUUUCGCCUCGCGAAGGAGUUGUAAGCUGAGCUUUGUACAGCCGAGCGGUUUGUUGGCAUCGGUUUUUUUUUUCCUUUCUCUUUUCAAGAUCUAAGGGGUUUUGCUUC